AUGCAGCUUGAAAAAUGCGUAGCUGUGACGCUUGCCGUUUUGCUUCUUGGUUGGAAUUCCGUAUUGGGUAAUUUUACAGAUCCGACCACAACUCCCGUUGAAGAUGAUAGUCCAACAACUGGUGUCGAUCCUCGAACAAUGGUGUUAACGAACAAAGAAGAGACUGGAGUUCCUACACCAAGCGCGACGCCACUCCCUAAUGUCACUCAUGGUAGCCUCCAUACAUCCAGCUUUACAAAUGUAACAACCAGAAAACAAGAGGAGGAUGUAGAACUGGACGACAUGACUUUAUAUGUUAAUUUCAACUUCUAUUUCAAUUUUCUGGUCCAAACAUUGGUGCGUAUUUUCGGUAUCAUUGGUAACAUUUUCAACAUGCUCAUUCUUAGUAAGCCUGCUUUUCAAACGUCAAGCAGUCAUAACAUUUUGCUUCUUUCGCUAGCUGUUGCAGACAUAGGGAACUUAAUCAUCGGUUUACCCUUUAAUAUAUGGAACAUUGAAAAUUCCAUGUUCUUCAAUAAGCCGAUUUCCUUUGAGUGGCAGGUUUACAUAUAUUACGUCCUAUUCACGAUCAGCUACAUGUUCAUCUCCGCUGGAAAUUGGACCACGACGGCGAUCAGCAUUCACCGCUACAUUGCCGUCUGUAUGCCGUUGAAAUGCAAUGAGUUGUGCUCGAACAAACGUACCCGUAUAAUCACCGCGGUUAUUUGGUUGAUUUCUAUCGUUGUCUUCACCGAGAACUACCUUAACUACAGCGUCGAUUACAUUCUUGAUGGUAAUUCCACACGUGCAGUGUUCGUAAAAGGCAUUCUUCGUUGGCCGCUAUAUGACAUCAUCACCAACAACGUCCAGAUUGCCUUCUGUUCCUAUAUACCUUGGUUCAUUUCCUUUUGUGUCAUUAUCCGCAUCGGGGUAGAGCUUAAGUGCAAGAGGAAGGACGAUGUGAUGAGAACAAACCAGGAACGUGGCAGUCAAGAGACGCGCAUCACGGCCAUGUUGACCUCUAUAGUUUUCGUAUACCUUUUGUGCAGUAUCCCAACGAGUGUUCGUUAUAUCGUUCGCACCAUCAUGACCAUUCCCGUCUAUUACAGCAAAGGGAUCGAUUACCAGGUGUUCGACGGCUUCGCUAACUUUUGUAUUGCUUUUAACAGCGCCAUCAACAUUGUCUUGUACUCAGCUACAAACCCCAGAUAUCGCAACGCCUUUGUCGAAAUCAUAUGCCCCUGUUCUGGCAACACUAACGCGGACAACAAAAAUAGUGGACCGAAUCGGAAAGGUAAUGCUGCGAUGUGCAUUAACCAGGACCUCUCUGCAAGCAGUAAAUCGGUUGCAAGUUAUGUUGGAACUUCGUCAACCGUUCUUUCAUCCGAUGCUCUUAGCACAAAUGGACAUAUCUAGCUCAGUCUAGUUAACACUUACUUUUUAGAGCUAGCCGCAAAGGUCCAUGUGA